AUGAGAGCAGACACACUCCUCACAAGUUUACUGCUGCUCUGGUUAAGCCAUGGAGAGUCAGACCAGAUUAUGUAUUCAUUUAGUCGAGGUGUUGAGCUUAUAGUACGAAAUACUGUUCAAGUCACCACUGUGUCUCCCAAAGUGCAGAUUUUGCUUCCUGCUGUAGCUGAGAUAAAGACUUCCAGAAUGGCCAUGCUUACAUGUAUCGUCAGCGACGUAAAUACCCCACAAAUACGCAUAACCUGGAAGGUUAAUAACGCCACUGUGGCACAAAAACACUGCCAUAGCAAUGUCUUUAAAGCGCCUGAUGGUAUGUUCACUGCUUUUGGAUUCUACUCUGUAACAGCUCGUAAAUGGAAGCUUGAUGAUAUUUACAAGUGUGAGGUGAAACAAGGACAAAGAACUUAUUAUGAAGAAAUUCGUCCGUCACAUUGUGACAACUUUGUCAAGUUCUGA